AUGGCCCAAUGUCCAACGACUGUACGUAUAGUCGCUGCAAAGGAUCCUCCGACAAUGAACUUCCAAUUUGAUGUUAAUGGUGUUUACGCCUUCAGAGGCCAUAAUGGCCAAUACGUUACGCGAUACUGUCGUAAUAAUUUACAAAACUUGGAAGCGUGUAAACCCCAAGUGGAUCAGUUUUGCCGGUUCAAACCAUCCGCUAGAGUUUUGCCAGGAGGUCAAGUUGUGUACGGUUUCAUGGCUGACAAUAACCGUCACUGGUGUGCCGUUAACCGCAAUGGCGUCGUUAAGGUGGAAUGCGACCAAGGAGAAAUUACCCCUUACUGCUUCUUUGGUAUCCAAGUUGGACAGAACUUUGGUAGCUAUGUACAGGUGGCUUUAACUAGUGGUGGAAGAUACGUCAGCUUAUUCACGCGCAACGAAUAUCAGUAUGCAUUGGAAGUCGCCAAAGAUGUCCCAGAUGAAUGGUGUUGGUUGCAAGUAUUUCGCGUUGAUCGCGCCAUCAGUAUGCCACCUCAGUUGCAUCAGCAAUAUGACUUUACCUUUGAUCCAAAUCGCACAUACACAUUGAAAGGCAAUAACGGCCAAUUUUUGACAAGAUUUCACAGAAACGGUAUGGACAACGUAGAAGCCUGUAAAUCGAAUCCAGAUCAAUUCUGCUGCUUCCGCUUCAGCACAUUUCAUACAUCAGAUGGACGCAAAAAAGUAGCAAUGCUAGCAGACAAUCAGAAAUACCUAACCGUAUAUAAUAGAAAUGGCGUCCGCAAAAUCGAAUGCUGCAAGGGUGAAUUGGAUCAUUUCUGCUUAUUUGAUGUCCAGGCCCAAUCGACGUGGGGAAAUACUGCACGGAUAGCUUUCGUUCACGACGGUCAGUACUUGACAUUGUACACUCGUGAAGGUGUUCAAUACCAAUGGGAAUCUUGCAAGCCUAUGGCUGAUGAAUGGUGCUGGUAUACUUUGCAAUGGAAUUAA